AUGAAAGAUGCCGAUGGAGAUAUUAUGAUGGGCAGCUUGCAACGGACUAGCUCUGAGGUAUAUGAUGAAGAGGAUGACUAUUGGGGUGAUGUAGACGACUUAGAUCUUGAUGCACAUACUACGACGAAACAAACCAUGCGGCGAUCUGCAGUCAUCAUGAUAAAACGUGUCAUCAUACUUGGUAUUUUGAUGCAAAGCACGAAUCGUAGAUCAAAUGCCUUGCAAAGUAUACUCGGCAUAUUCUUACAGUCGACACACACACCCCAGAAGGUGAUCGAUACACUUGCACCCUGGGUCUUUAGAUAG